AUGGCCCCCAGUGCCCUCUGGAGCUGCUACCUCUGCUGCCUGCUGACUGCCUCCGCUGGGGCAGCUAGCUAUCCUCCUCGUGGUUAUAGCCUCUAUACAGGGGGCGGUGGAGCCCUCAGCCCUGGGGGGCCCCAAGCCCAGAGCGCACUGCGGCCCGCAAGCCGACACAGGAACUGGUGUGCCUAUGUGGUGACCCGAACAGUGAGCUGUGUCCUUGAGGAUGGAGUGGAGACCUUCGUUAAGCCUGAUUACCAACCAUGUGGCUGGGGCCAACCCCAAUGUCCCCGAAGCAUCAUGUACCGCAGCUUCCUCCGCCCGCGCUACCGUGUGGCCUACAAGACAGUGACGGAUAUGGAGUGGCGAUGCUGUCAGGGUUAUGGAGGGGAUGACUGUGGUGAGGGUCCUGCCCCAGCGCUGGGCCCUGCAUCUACCACACCACGCCCUCGGCCCCGGCCUGCCCGCCCCAACCUAUCUGGCUCCAGUGCAGGCAGCCACCUCAGUGGGCUAGGGGGAGAAGGUCUUCGGGAGUCAGAAAAGGUGCAGCAGCUGGAGGAGCAGGUGCAGAGCCUGACAAAGGAGCUGCAAGGCCUUCGGGGGGUCCUGCAGGGACUGAAUGGGCGCCUGGCAGAAGAUGUCCAGAAGGCUGUGGAGACGGCUUUUAAUGGAAGGCAGCAGCCAGCAGAUGCAGCUGCCCGCCCUGGUGUGCACGAAACCCUCAGUGAGAUCCAGCACCAGCUGCAGCUCCUAGACAACCGUGUCUCCACUCAUGACCAAGAGCUGGGUCACCUCAACAAUCAUCAUGGCAGUGGCAGCUCCAGCAGCAGCACCGUGGACUCAACCCCUGCCCCUCCUGGCCACAGUGAGGAGCUGCUUCGGGAGCUGGAGCGGCGUAUGCAGGAAUCCUGCUCAGUGUGCCUGUCGGGGCUUGACAGCUUCGGCCGGCAGCAGCAGGAAGAUAGGGAGCGGCUGCGAGCCCUAGAGAAGCUGCUGGCCUCAGUGGAAGAGCGGCAGCGGCAGUUGAGUGGGCAGGCCCUAGGCCGAAGACCCCCUCAGGAAUGCUGUCCCCCUGAGCUGGGCCGGCGACUAGCAGAGCUGGAGCGGAGAUUGGAUGUUGUGGCCGGCUCGGUGACAGUGCUGAGUGGCCGGCGAGGCACUGAGCUCGGAGGAGCAGCCGGGCAGGGGGGCCACCCCCCAGGCUACACCAGUUUAGCCUCUCGCCUUUCUCGUCUGGAGAACCGACUCAACACCACCCUGGGCCCCUCAGAGGAUCAGGAGGGGGGUUGGCCCGGGGGCCCUGGGUGGUUGGGCCACUGGCUGCCUUCUGCCCGAGGCCGACUAGAGAAGCUGGAAGGGCUGCUGGCCAAUGUAAGCAGGGACUUGGGUGGACGACUAGGUUUGCUGGAAGAGCAGGUGACAGGGGCUGUGCAGGCAUGUGGGCAGCUCUGUUCUGGAGCCUCUGGGGAGCAGGACUCCCAGGUCAGCAAGAUCCUCAGUGCCUUGGAGCGCAGGGUGGUAGACAGUGAGGGGCAGCUGCGACUGGUAGGCUCUGGCCUACACAAGGUGGAAGCAGCUGGGGAGGCCAGGCAGGCCACAAUGGAGGGACUUCAAGGGGCUGUGGGUAGGCUCCAGGAUCGAAUAGAUGCCCAGGACUUGAUGGCUGCAGAGUUCACGCUCCGGUUGAAUCUUACAGCUACAAGGCUGGGCCAGUUGGAGGGCCUGCUGCAGGCACGUGAGGACGAGGGCUGUGGGGCCUGUGGUGGUGUCCAAGAGGAACUGGGCCGCCUUCGGGAUGGUGUGGAGCGUUGCUCCUGCCCCCUACUCCCCCCACGGGGACCUGGGUCAGGCCCAGGUGUUGGGGGCCCAGGCAGAGGUCCACUGGAUGGCUUCAGUGUUUUCGGGGGCAGUUCAGGUUCAGCCUUGCAGGCUCUACAAGGAGAGCUGUCUGAGGUCAUUCUCACCUUUAGUUCCCUCAAUGACUCAUUACAUGAGCUCCAGACCACCGUGGAGGGCCAGGGUGCUGAUUUAGCUGAUCUGGGAGCCACCAAGGACCGCAUCAUCUCUGAAAUUAACAGGCUUCAGCAGGAGGCCACGGAGCAUGCUACGGAGAGUGAGGAGCGCUUCCGAGGCCUGGAGGAAGGACAGCCACAGGCUGGCCAGUGCCCUGGACUAGAGGGAAGGUUGGGCCAUCUUGAGGGAGUCUGUGAGCGCUUGGACACUGUAGCCGGAGGGCUACAGAGCUUACGAGAGGGCCUUUCUAGGCAUGUAGCUGGACUCUGGGAUGGGCUAAGGGAAACCAACAGCACCAGCCAGAUGCAGGCAGCCCUGCUGGAGAAGCUACUGGCAGGGCAGGCUGGCCUGGGUAGACGGCUCGGUGCCCUUAACAGUUCCAUGCUGCUCCUAGAGAACCAGCUGCACCAGUUCAGCAUGAAGGACCUCACUGGUCCAGCAGGUGAAACUGGGCCCCCAGGGCCUCCUGGGGUGCAGGGGCUUCCAGGUCCUGCUGGACCUCCAGGGCCUCCAGGCAAGGAUGGACAAGAGGGGCCUGCUGGACCACCAGGUCCCCAAGGUGAACAGGGUGUAGAGGGGGCACCAGCAAUCUCUGCGCCUCGGGUGGCUUUUUCAGCUGCCCUGAGUUUGCCCCGGUCUGAACCAGGCACCGUCCCCUUUGACAGAGUUCUGCUCAAUGAUGGGGGCUACUAUGAUCCAGAGACAGGCGUGUUCACAGCGCCACUGGCAGGACGCUACUUGCUGAGCGCAGUGCUGACUGGGCACCGGCACGAGAAAGUGGAGGCCGUUCUUUCCCGCUCCAACCUGGGCGUGGCCCGCAUCGACUCCGGUGGCUAUGAGCCUGAGGGCCUGGAGAACAAGCCAGUGGCCGAGAGCCAACCAAGCCCCGGUGCCUUAGGCGUCUUCAGCCUCAUCCUGCCACUGCAGGCCGGGGACACAGUUUGUAUUGAUCUGGUCAUGGGGCAGCUGGCACACUCUGAGGAGCCGCUCACCAUCUUCAGUGGAGCCCUGCUCUAUGGAGACCUGGAGCUGGAACAGGCAUAGACAGAGAGUCGAGCCCAC